AAGUGAAUGAAGGGGCCAACUUGUACCAGAACGAAAUGCGUUCUUCUCUCCUUCUCAUUUUCGUUUCCUUCUCCAACCUUUUUCAUCGUUAUCUUCUUUCUUUACUCGUUUCCUCCAUAAAUAUACAGUGUUUUUCUCCUUUUAGGCUUUUCUUCUCUGUCCCUUUCAGUUGGCUGAAGAUUGAAGGUUUUUGAAUCGAAGCUGACCAGGUUUUGGGUUGGAGGGAUUGUUCAAAGAAAAUGUCUAUAUAUGAGCAGGAUUCAGAUGUAAUCCAAUGGGGUCUUCGUCUUCUUGACGGGGACCUACCGUUUUAUUCAGGCUAUUAUGGUGGUUCAGUACAAAUUGGGGAUGAUUAUCAUGGACAUUAUAUCAGAGAUCAUUAUGACAUAUCAGAUUGUGCAGAUGAUGAGAUUAUUGCCCGCAGGAUGCAAGAAAAAUUUUCACAGCUAGCUAUUGCUGAAGCCUCUGGAUACUCGCCGGCAAGAGAAGAGCACUUGCAAACAUCCAUUCAUGAGCAUGAUUGGCACGGUACAUUAACAAGGAGCUACAGUACAGACCAUGAGUAUAAUAGUCAUGAAGUUUCUGAUGAUAUUGUUGAUUCUAGUUCAUGUUCCAGCCCUGAUAAUGGGGAAGAUUAUUCCUCUUCUCCAGAAUUUACUGAUGAAUAUGGACUGGAUGGGGAAGUAAGCAAGAGGCUGAAUCAAAUGAUUCCUAUCCCUCAUGUUCCUAGAAUCAAUGGAGAAAUACCGUCAAUUGAUGAGGCAACCUCAGAUCAUGAAAGGCUUCUUAAUAGAUUGCAGUUAUAUGACUUUGUGGAGGUCAAGGUUCAAGGGGAUGGUAACUGUCAGUUUCGUGCUUUAUCAGAUCAAUUGUACAACACACCUGAUCGACACAAAGUUGUGAGGCGGCACGUUGUAAAUCAGCUGAGAUCUCACCCGGAGAUAUAUGAAGGAUAUGUACCCAUGGAAUAUGGUGACUAUUUGAAGAAGAUGUCCAAGAGUGGGGAGUGGGGAGAUCAUGUCACAUUGCAGGCAGCUGCAGAUUCAUAUGGUGUGAAAAUACUUGUUAUGACCUCUUUUAAGGACACCUGCUACAUUGACAUUCUGCCUAUCAACCAGAAGUCAAAAGGAGUAAUUUUCUUGAGCUUUUGGGCAGAGGUACACUACAAUUCAAUUUAUUUUCAAGGAGAUACAACUUCUAAUGAGCACCGAAAGAAGAAAAAGUGGUGGAGUUUUGGGAAUAAGCACUAGAUAUGGCUAGCUCUUGUGCGCUAAACGUCCUAUGUGUUAUUUGCUGCAAUGGCGUGAUCUUCUUGGCGCAAGGCCUUCUUGUAUUAUAUUUUAUAAACAUAAAAUUUAAGCUGCAAGUCUUUUAUGGGUAAGUUUAUAAUCGCAUUGUAUUGUUUUUUUUUUAA